AUGGUGGAACAUAAAGGAAAUGUUCUCAUGCACAAGUAUGAGAUGGGGAAAUUGCUUGGUCAAGGGACCUUUGCCAAGGUUUAUCAUGCUCGCAACACUAAGACUUCAGAAAGUGUCGCGAUCAAGGUGAUUGACAAGGAGAAGGUUAUGAAAGUUGGGCUCAUUGAUCAAAUUAAGCGAGAAAUUUCUGUGAUGAAUCUUGUCAGACAUCCCAAUAUUGUGCAACUCUAUGAGGUCAUGGCUACCAAAACCAAAAUAUACUUUGUGUUGGAGCAUGUUAAAGGUGGAGAGCUCUUUAAUAAAGUGCAGCGAGGAAGGCUCAAGGAAGAUGCAGCGAGGAAGUACUUUCAACAGCUGAUUUGCGCAGUGGACUUCUGUCACAGCAGGGGUGUCUAUCAUCGAGAUUUGAAGCCAGAAAAUCUUUUGCUCGAUGAGAAUAGCAACCUAAAGGUAUCGGAUUUUGGUCUAAGUGCACUUGUUGAAUGCCAGAGACAAGAUGGCCUGCUCCACACAACCUGUGGCACGCCUGCUUAUGUUGCUCCAGAGGUGAUUAACAGAAAGGGUUAUGAUGGUGCAAAGGCCGACAUAUGGUCCUGUGGGGUCAUCCUUUUUGUGCUAUUGGCUGGUUAUCUUCCAUUCCAUGACAAGAACUUAAUGGACAUGUAUAAAAAGAUUGGAAAAGCAGACUUCAAAUGCCCGUGUUGGUUUUCUACCGAUAUUCGGAGGCUUUUGCUAAGGAUUCUUGAUCCCAACCCCGGUACAAGGAUCUCAAUGGAAAAAAUCAUGCAAAAUCCAUGGUUUAGGAAGGGCUUAGAUGCAAAGCUACUUAGGUAUAAUUUACAGACAAAGAAAGCCCCUCAAUUGGACAAGAAUGCAGAUUUUGAUUCACUGAGCACCAACAUAACAUCAGAGAGCAAGCAACAAGAAGAAAAGAAGCCUACCAACAUGAAUGCAUUUGAUAUAAUAUCUCUAUCAACUGGUUUGGACCUCUCUGGUUUAUUUGAAGAAUCUGACAAGAAGAUAGAAUCCAAAUUCACGUCCACCAACACUAGCUCAACAAUCAUAUCGAAGAUCGAAGAUGUUGCGAAGAAUUUGCGAUUGAAGGUGACAAAAAAGGAUGGUGGUUUGUUAAAAAUGGAAGCUUCAAAGCCUGGAAGGAAAGGGGUGAUGGGUAUCGAUGCUGAGAUAUUUGAGGUUAGCCCAAACUUUCAUCUUGUGGAGAUAAAGAAGACGAACGGCGACACUCUAGAGUAUCAGAAGGUCCUGAACCAAGAAAUGAGGCCUGCACUAAAGGACAUAAUAUGGGAUUGGCAAGGUGAGCAAUCAAAGCAGCAACAAACUAUGAGCUAG